GAUAAAAAAUUUAGGUGCCAUAAUGUUAGACUCAGCAAAUUGUAGAUUCUAGUCUUCAUUUAUGAUAGGGAAUAUUCUGUAUUCUGGAAUUUUUAUGCUGUAACUUUGCCCAUGCAAGCCAUGAAGGGAAGCAGGGGCUGUCUUAUGACAGUGUUGGUCAUGUGCAUGCUGGGCUGCCUUGGCUUCACUUACAGACAGCCCAGCAUCAUGGUGGUGUUGCUGGCCAGGAACAAGGAACAUACUCUGCCCUAUUUUUUGACUCUCUUUGAACAAUUGGACUAUCCCAAGAGCCGCAUGGCUCUUUAUAUCAGAGCUGAUCAUUGUGAAGAUCAAACCAUACCUAUUCUGGAGACAUGGCUUCAAGAAAAUAAAAAGUUUUACCAUUCUACAGAUGUCAUGCUGGACAGAAAUUCUACUCUUUAUAUGGGUGAGAGCAGCCGUACUGAACGCAGUGAUUCAUCAUAUGAAGGAAUUAUUGAUAUUAAAGAAGCAGCACUUGCUAAGGCUCGCUCCAUGUGGGCUGAUUAUGUUCUUUUCUUGGACAUGGAUAUCUUCAUUGUAGAGCCUGACAUCAUCAAUAUAUUAUUGGAGGAAAAUCAGCCCAUCAUUGCUCCAAUGAUCCACUCUCUAGGGAAAUAUAGUAACUUCUGGGGUGGCAUGUCUGAAGAUUAUUGGUAUGUGAGAACUGAUCAAUAUUUGGACAUCUUAGAGAAGAAGCAGAAGGGAUGUUUUAGUGUGCCUAUGGUUCACUCAUUUGUACUUGUGAAUCUAAAAGUGAGUGAUACUGAUUAUUUAACCUUCAAUCCUGACAAUGUCCAAGGACACCUACUUCCUCUUGAUGACAUUAUUGCCUUUGCUGUGUCUGCUAGAGAAGCAGGACUAGAGAUGACAAUCUGUAAUGAGGCUACUUAUGGUUACAUGAAUCCACCUGUGGUUGACAAAGAACAAAUUGACUUGGACUUACUACGCUUAUCAAGUCUCAAGUUGGAAGUUUUGGCAUACUCUUCGCCACUGCCAGUUUCUCCCAUUUUGUCUAAGUUUUUGCCACCAGCUCGUAAGAAAGACAAGCUUGACUUUGACCAAGUUUACUUGAUAAACCUUGAACGCCGCCAACUGAGACGUGAUAAAAUGAACCAUUGUUUUGAUGAGCUGGGCCUUGAUGUGCUAGCCAUUGAUGCAGUUGAUGGGAAAACUUUGAAUGACUCAACACUGAUUGAAAUGGGGAUUGAAGUCAUGGCUGGAUAUCAGGACCCUUGGAGUGGUCGGAAGAUGACCUUUGGAGAAAUAGGCUGUUUCCUCAGCCAUUACAAAGUUUGGCAAGAUGUUGCCAAGAAUGGCUACCAGACUGUGCUGUUGUUUGAGGACGACAUUCGCUUCGAGCCAUUCUUCAGAGAGCACGUGACCAGCCUCAUGAGCCAUGUGGCGGAGAUCAACCUUGAUUGGGACCUCAUCUACCUGGGCCGCAAGAAACUCAAGCAUUCUGAGGAGGAGUGGGUGCAGGAUUCUAGCCGCCUGGUGCAUGUGCAGUACUCCUACUGGACGCUAUGCUACAUUCUGAGCGGACGUGGUGCAGCCAAAUUGCUGGCUGCUAGGCCUCUCGAGCGGCUCCUUCCAGUUGACGAGUUUCUCCCCAUCAUGUUUGACCGACACCCUGAGAAAGAGUGGGCGGCAGAAUACCCAGUGCGGGACCUGAAGGCGUUCUCGGUAGACCCCUUUUUGGUGUACCCAACGCACUACACGGGCGAGGCAGGCUACAUCAGUGACACCGAGGAGUCGCCCUUGCUCUCCUCGGAUGACUCGCUCGCCUGGGGUAACAAUUACUCGUCAUCUGCUGGCCACGUCGUCACUAGGAAGGGCGACGCCGACAUUCAGGAGGCUGCCGUGGCUGGCGACCCUCAGGAUUUCUUGCCUACCAAGGCCCCUUCAGUGGGUAUGGGGAAGCUCGAUGUGGGUGCGUUUGGCAAGGAGGAGCUCUAGUUAUGUGGACCAAUACUUGUUCUUAUUUGUUUUAUGACAAGACACUGCCUUGGUUGAUACCAAAAUCGCAAUAUUUUAAAAUCGUCUGUAGUUCCUAAACAGCUUGGUGAGGGGACUCUUGAAACUCAAAGUUGCGCGUAACUUAGUUACAGCUCGUUUUUGGAUUGAUAAUGACCGUUGCAUGUUCCUUAUUUAUCCAUUAUGAAAGAUCAAAUUUUUUUGUAGUUAUUUAGUUUUGUUUCUGUUACUAUUACCUAUUCUUUGAGCCGAGUUGGAGUCUUCAUUAGGAGACAACCUAGAGACUUAAUUCUUACAUUUUUAAAAACGUUUUGUAUUAGAUAUUGUUAUAAUGUUAUAGCUUAAACAAAUUUAGUAUCCUUGUCUGUAUUACAUUCAUUUGCAAAGUUUUAAAUGCCAAGUCAUUUUUAUUAUUAAGGAUAAUUCCAAAGAUAAUGAUGAACAUAAAUUAUUUAUUCGAGCGUAUUUAUGUAGAAGUCGUGCCAUGUUUGAGGAACGAAGUAGAUCUGCUGCCAUAACUGACGUGCCUUCCACUGCCAGUGCCACAAAUUAACUGAAAUGCUCUUCGUGUUACGGCUUGGCAUCUCUCGCUGCCUUUUUAUUCACAAUGAUCAAAUUUCUAUUUUCAGUUAAGGCCGAAGUUGGUAAUUUUAAUUUAGAAAUUAAUUUUUGUUUCAUCAAAGCUCUAGGUAAUUAUUAAGGGGUACCUUUAGUUAAUUUUUAUUGCAUUUAUUUUGGAAAUCAAGAGCGUAACGAGAGGUUUUCAUUUGGACGUUUUCAACGCUUCGCUCUAACAUCAAUUAGUCCGACAUGAUGCCAUGGAUUCAAUGAGCCAAUAAAUUGAUUUUUUACGCAACUCAAUGCUGAUGAAAAUAAGUUACUUAGCACAAAUUUAUUUGAUAUUUAAUGAGACCACCAGAGGUCAUAUAUAUGUGGGGCCUAUCUGGCCCACAGAUUCAAUUUAUCAGGCCCGUCGGCGAAUCUUGAAUCUUGCUGAAUAUCCCAGGUUGCAGAUAUUGAACAAAAUAGAAAUAUGGCCAACGUUCUCCGGCGAUUCAAUUAUUCUGCCCUCUGUUUACAAGGUUAAAUGAUUUCUAUCCAAAUGUUACUUGCCGUAUUUUAUUAGCUAUCUGUUGAAUUCACGUCAACAGCAAUAAUCCGUCACGAAUCUCCCGACGAUGCCUAAAUUUCAAACCUUACAGCAAAAUGGAUUGCUCCGCCAUGACAUUUAUCAGAAUCUCAAGACCCUGCGAUGCUGCUUCGCCUGGUAAUGUGAACCAGCUAUGGUUAGAUAAUGUAUUUUUAUACUGUUAUCGUUCAUAGUUUGUACUGCGUGUUAUUAUUAAUUACUAAGGACUCGUGAAGGCAUCUUUUUCUGUAUUGCGAACAAUUAUUUCUAAUAACACCGACCGAGCAACUCUUUCAGUCCAGGGAUUUAUUAUCUGCUUGCAUGAAAGGUAAUAAUGAUGUUGCUAUGUCCACUUAUAUGGUUACUACAAGAGAGGAAAUCAGAAUAAUUUAAAUGGGCAUAUGAAAAUGCGUACAUGCGAAAUCUCACGGUAAUUGCGAGUUCCUGUAGUUAAUAGGUCAUCGCUUGUAAAAUAGUUAUGUCUAGAUUUGGUUUUACCUGUGAGUUGUCUGCACAAAUCUUAUUAUAUUAGUCUAGGUUCGUUUUAAAUACUCCAAUAAGUUGCUAACCAAACUUUUGUGCGAGUACAGUUAUUGCUGAACGAUUUACAAGCAAAACGUGCCUUUGCUGUUACCAACGUUUUGUAUCGCGCAUUCUAUAGUCACCUUCCAAUACAUCUGGGCAUUACUCCUA